ACUCACAAAACCAAAUUGCUUUGCACUACUAAACUAGCAUCUUACGAAAGCAACCACUAAACUAAAGAAAAGCCAUGGGGAAUUGCUUGGUGCUGCAGGAGAACGUUGUGAAGAUCAUGAAAACCGAUGGGAAAAUUCUUGAAUACAAAAUACCCAUCAAAGUAGAGGAGGUUCUGAUACAAUUUUCUGGCCAUGCAGUAUCUGAAUCACUCACAGUCCUGCGGUAUCUUGAGCCAAACACAAAGUUGCUCAAAGGAAAGUUAUACUACCUAGUUCCUCUGCCACCACCAUCGCCAAAAACUAACAAGAAGGUGAGGUUCGCGGAUCCAGAAGUUCAAGACAUGAAAAAAAGUAACGUGGUUAGGAUUAAGGUGGUUAUUAGCAAGCAAGAGUUGCAGGAUAUGCUGCAGAGUGGAGGGUUUUCGGUUAGUAAGAUGAUGUCUCUUGUUCACGAGGACAAGGGUGAAGAUUUGUCUCAAAAGAGUGAGGAUGUCUCUCAAGGGUGGAAACCAGCGUUGGAAAGCAUACCUGAAGUAAAGUAGCAAUAUAUUUGAAGAUACAAUACAUAGAGUUUCUUUGUCCCUCCUUAUAUUUUUCCUUUUUCUAGCUUAUACAGUGUAACAUGACAUAUAUAUUAGAGGAAAAACUUUUGACUCCA